AUUCGUUCGAUUGGGGCCCGAUCGAUUCGAUUCGGUUCGUGCACAUUCCGAACAAGAGCAAGAUCGUGACGAAGAUCUACCACCGCGGGUUCGCGUACUGCCGUAGCAAGCAGGGCAAAAACUCCACGUACUGGGUGUGCGACCGGGCCAAACAGGACAACUGCCGGGCACGGAUCACCGUGUUUGACGAGCAGCGCGUGUACAAAGUGACCAACGCGGUCCACAAUCACGAAGCUUUUGUAGUGAUACGUUAGAAAUAAACACACGGUAGAAAGAGUGAAAGUAGCUUGAAUGUUUGUUUUGUCGUGCUUGUUUUUAUUUAUUUUCUUUGGCUAAUCUAGUACUACGUUUUCUUCUAGAUUGGGGCUCCAUUGACUCGAUCCGGUUCGUGCCAAUGACGGUGAACAGCAAACCCUGUACGAAGAUCUACCAUCGUGGAUUCACGUACUGCCGCAGCAAACAGAACAAGAACGUGACGUAUUGGCUGUGCGAUAAGUACAAGCAGACCAAGUGCCGGGCUCGCAUUACUGUGUUUGAUGAGCAGGACGACUGGGGCCCACUGGAGGCGCUGCGGUUCGUGAAACGGUCCUGCUCGGGCAGUGACAAGGUCGUGACGAAGAUAUACCUGCACGGGUUCACGUACCGGCGCAGCAAACAAACCAAAAAUCGAAGCUACUGGGUGUGCGACCGGUCCAAGGAGGACGGUUGCCGGGCCCGGAUAACCGUGUUCGACGAUACGCGAGUGUACAAAGUAACUAACCAGACCCACAAUCACGAUGCUCACAUCAUCUACGACCUUACGCGGGACGAGUUUCACGAGUUCGAUAUGGAACAGCAUGACGUUCAAAUUUCUUCGGUGGUUGGUCAGCGAGGUAAAACUAAGCUGCUGAUCGAAGGCCACACGUACAUCGUGAACAAGAAGUCCAACGGAAGAUUGUACUGGGGUUGCUCCAAGGCGGUCACCUUUCGGUGCCGUGCACGAUUGAUAACGGAUGUGGUCAACAUUUACGACGUUAAUUUCAAGAAUCUGAACCACAAUCACAAGCCGGGGAAAAAGGCACGGCUUUCGGGAGUUUUAAAUCUUCACGAGUGGACCUUCACGCCGGGACAGCGAGGCAAACCGAAGCUGGUGAUCGAGAACAACUCGUUCUUCCGGACGAAGGGAGACGCGCAUCGGUCGUACUGGUCCUGCUCGGCGUACAAGUCGAAAAAGUGCAAAUGCAAGCUGGUGACGCACCGGAACAGUUACACGAUCAAGUACACCCACCGGAGCCACUCGCACAUGGACGAAUUCAGCGACAUGUCCAAGAUUAACCGGAUCCAGGCGGACGUGAACGAGUUCUACGAGAAACCAACCCCGGGCGAACCUAACGUGCCGAAAAAAGAGACCAAGUUUUGAGUUUUGUGUUUUUUUUAUACAGCAUUGUCAAUAAAAUUGUAUAUUAAUUGAGUGAAAAACGUGGUUCACACCAUUUGUAGUACUAGAUUAGUUCAGUUUUAUACACUAAACUAACCUCAAUUUCUAUUCAGUUCCAGCGGGACACACCGUGUGUGAGGAAAAAGACGUUCUGUUCACCGCCACCAGCAAGGGAAAGCCCAAACUGUUGGUCCAGGAUUAUGCGUACGUGCGCGACAAGGGCAACUCACUCGUGACGUACUGGAGCUGUACCCAGACGAGAAAGGCUGGCUGCCGGUCGAGGGCGAUUUCGACCAACAAAACGGGACGCGUGACGAUCAACCAGUACCAGCACAAUCAUUAACGUGGAGUUGAAAUAUACUCGUUGUACAAAUAA